AUGCCAUCCAUCCCCCUCCACCCACGCGCAAUCUCUCCCUCAAAACCCCACGACAACCCCCUCCCAAACACCCUCCAAACACCCUCCGGUCUAGCCCUCCUCGAACUCCAAGGCACAAUCAACUUCCCAUCGACAGAAGAACAGCAACCAGACAAGCAACAAUCCCAGGACCAAGACCAAGCCGAAAAUGGAGCUGCUCCUACCGCUACAGACACCACCUACGAAACGCCCCUCGGCAAGCUGAUGUUUCCCGAUUACUCACCGCAAACUACAAGCAAUGACGACACCAGUUGGAUGAAACGGGUUUAUUUGUACGUUGGACGGUAUCAGAGGAUGACGGGGGAAGUCAAGAAACUACCGCAGCCGAUUGCAGUUGUGCAGCGGCGAGGUGAAACGGAUGAGUUGGAGAUUCUGGAGGUUGUGAAGUUUAAGAUGAUAUUCAAGAGUCGUCCGGAGCCGGUGAAUGAUAGCUGA